CUAAAUUGUGCUUUUUAAAUGUGACAACUUCUUAACCCUGAUAAGAGUUCAGUCUGUUCUGUUUUUGUAUUUACUCACAUCAAGAUCCUUAUCACAGUACAAGGACAACACACUUGCUACUUACUGCAAUCCUCAAAGCUAUCUAAAACAGGAAUUUGAAAAGUUCUUAUUUCAAGUAUAAUUUAUAAGCAAAGUUCUCUUACUUUUUGAACUUUGCAAGUACUAAGUACAAGCUAAAUUAACAUUAGAAAACUUUGAUUUUUAAUAGUUACUCAAUGGUCUUCAAAAGGUAAAAUGUACUUGUCUGAUCUCCACCCAUUUUCAGUUUCAACAUAGCAAAUUUCCCAUUCGUACUCAGGGCAAAUUCAAAAGCAUUGAAAAGGUAUUGGUUAUUACUGAAGAUAAUUUAUGCAAUCAUAAGCCAAAGAUGCUAGGCUGGCAAAAAGAAAACCAUACAAGUAAGCAAACCCUAGCACCUGUGAGACACGCCCUCUCAGUAUAUAAAGGCUCGGCACUGUCCUUGGUAGCAGGCGCUCCCUGAGCUACACUACACCACCAUGUCUGUUCGAUUCAGCUCCAGCAGCAGGCAGUACUCUUCCAGCCGCAGUGGAGGAGGAGGAGGAGGAGGAGGUGGUGGGUCAUCCAUCAGAGUUUCCAGCACCAAAGGCUCCCUUGGUGGAGGGUUUGGCUCAGGGGGGUUCAGCGGUGGCUCUUUUAGCCGUGGGAGCUCUGGUGGAGGCUGCUUUGGGGGCUCAUCAGGUAGCUAUGGAGGCUUUGGAGGAGGCAGCUUUGGUGGUGGCUAUGGAGGAGGCAGCUUUGGAGGAGGCUAUGGAGGAGGCAGCUUUGGAGGAGGCAGCUUUGGAGGUGGCAGCUUCGGUGGAGGUAGCUUUGGUGGAGGUAGCUACGGAGGAAGCUUUGGUGGUGGAUUUGGAGGAGAUGGUGGUGGCCUUCUGUCUGGAAAUGAAAAGGUGACGAUGCAGAACCUGAACGACCGCCUGGCUUCCUACAUGGACAAAGUCCGGGCUCUGGAAGAGUCCAACUAUGAGCUGGAAGGUAAAAUCAAGGAGUGGUAUGAGAAACAUGGGAACUCCAGCCAGCGAGAGCCCCGGGACUACAGCAAAUACUACCAGAUCAUUGAAGACCUUAAAGGGAAGAUCCUCAACAUGACAACUGACAAUGCCAAUGUCCUGCUGCAGAUCGACAAUGCCAGACUGGCAGCUGAUGACUUCAGGAUGAAAUACGAGAAUGAGGUAGCUCUGCGCCAGAGCGUGGAGGCAGACACCAAUGGCCUGCGCAGGGUGCUGGAUGAGCUGACCCUUACCAAGUCUGACCUGGAGAUGCAGAUCGAGAGCCUAAAGGAGGAGCUGGCUUACCUGAAGAAGAACCACGAAGAGGAAAUGAGAGACCUUCAAAAUGUGUCUACUGGCGAUGUGAAUGUGGAAAUGAACGCUGCCCCAGGGGUUGACCUGACUCAGCUGCUGAACAACAUGAGAAACCAAUACGAACAACUUGCAGAAAAGAAUCGUAAGGACGCAGAAGCCUGGUUCAAUGAAAAGAGCAAGGAACUCACCACAGAAAUUGACAGCAACAUUGAACAAAUGUCCGGCUAUAAGAAUGAAAUCACUGAAUUGAGACGUACCGUUCAGGGUCUGGAGAUCGAACUGCAGUCCCAGCUAGCCCUGAAACAAUCGCUGGAAGCCUCCUUGCAUGAAACAGAAGGUCGCUACUGCGUGCAGCUCUCCCAGAUUCAAAGCCAGAUUUCCGCCCUGGAGGAACAGCUGCAACAGAUUCGGGCUGAGACCGAGUGCCAGAACGCCGAGUACCAACAACUUCUAGACAUUAAGACCCGACUGGAGAACGAGAUCCAGACCUACCGCAGCCUGCUAGAAGGAGAGGGAAGUUCCGGAGGCGGGCGCGGCGGCGGCAGCCACGGCGGUAGCUACGGCGGCGGAAGCUCUGGUGGCGGAAGCUACGGCGGCGGAAGUUCCGGCGGCGGUAGCCACGGAGGCAGUGGCAGCUACGGCGGCGGAAGCUCUGGUGGCGGAAGCUACGGCGGCGGAAGUUCCAGCGGCGGCGGUGGCGGCAGCUACGGCGGCGGAAGUUCCGGCGGCGGCCACGGAGGCAGUGGCAGCUACGGCGGCGGAAGUUCCGGUGGAGGCCAGAGCGGAAGUGGAGGGUUCAAGAGUUCUUCCGGAGGGUCCGGUGGCGGCGACCAAUCCUCUAAAGGCCCAAGGUCAGCAGAAACUAGCUGGGAUACUAACAAAAUCAGAGUGAUCAAGACGAUUAUUGAGGAGGUGACACCUGAGGGUAGAGUCCUUUCGUCUAUGAUUGAAUCAGAAACCAAGAAACACUUCUAUUAAGCUGCAUAGAAGAGUCUCUUUACACAGGCCACUGCACAGAUGUGUGGAAAACAAAUGUCCAAGAAAACACUUCUGUCUUAAUGGCCUAUGGAAAUAGGUUAACUCCUUGAAAUUAAGGGUCUAUACGGUGUUUUGUGGUUUCUGCAUUUCUUCUUUUCAUUUAUCAGAAAGUAUUCUUUUGUGGAGAAAAAAGGAAGCUUUCUCAUUUACUAAUUAAUUUCUCAUUUACUAAUGAAUUUCAAUAAACUUUCUUACUGAUGCAAACUA